AUGGCCCGGGGAAAGUGGAAGCGGCAGCCUUGCAAAGGCACUCCGGAAGAUGUCAGGCAGCAUGUGACCAGCUGCAAGACAGAAGAUUGUGCGUGCCACUCUGCCGGGCAUCGCCUUCCAUCCCUGCAAGAAAAGUGCCAGUUGAUCAGCCCCGAAGUGCUCGAGGCUCUACAAGAAGCUCCUGCCGAGACUCUAGCAAAGGCGCAGGACCUGCUGGGCGUGUCGUGGCUGAACUACGAGUUUCAAGGGGAGCCUCAGCGCAUGCUGCUUGGGUGCAGUGUGUGCUCUGGCGACAAAGGAGUACAGUUUACGACUCAGCAGGCUGCCGCUGCCAAUAAGCUGUCGAGGCAUGGCAGUGGACCGGAGCAUGUGCGGAACGUGUGCAAGUUAUUGGGCUACGAGGUUCCCACCCAAGAAACAGCUGCAGUGCGAUGGCCUGGGGCGGAAGUCGUUCUCCAAGUCUUCAGACAGUUGCAGGGCGAUACCACGGACCGUUUUGUAGAAGGUGUGUCGGCCGAGAAGAAAACCAGUAGGAUCGAAUGGUGCAUCGUCGAAGCCACGCGCGAGCAGUGGAGGGAAUCCUUGCGAAAUGCUGUGUCUAUCUCCUUGUUGCGAGACGAGAGACACAAGCGUGUCUUGCUUCGAUUCCGGGCGGUGGACAAGACCUUGCAAGUCACGAACGGGGUUUUGGGCCAACUAAAGGGCGACUACUCCAGCACCGCCCUCGGAUUGACCGCAGCGACUCUGAGGGUCAUCCGGGAAUUUGCGACGCCGGGUUUGGCUCGGCCUGGGAUGAAGGGGGAGGAGCUGCAGCUGGAGGUGGACGAGUCCCUGGUUCAACACAUUCGUGAGUGUGUGCUGUCCACCACGAUUGACGCGGCCGGCAAUGAGGUGGCAGCUGUUCAAGACUCGGCAGCACCGCUUGAAGUCCAUUGCCAGCACUUGGCCGAGGGCGAGACGCUGUUCCCAAACCACAAGUUGAUUGUGCGGGACCGUGCGCAUGGGACCAGAAGGGUCCUGGAACGCCCCUGGAGGGCCGACCCCUUUCUUGAUGCAGUCAUGACUUCCCUGAUCACUGGGUCAAGCAGUGUUACUCAGUUGAUUGAGCACAGCUUCGACUUUAAACAGUGGUUUUCUGAGGCGUCCAAGGCCUCCAUGACACGAGCUGUGGCCACUCCAUUCCGGAAUCUGCGUUCGGCUUUGCAUCGUUACGAAUCAUUGGUGACUCCUCUCAGCCGAUUCGUCCUGGAUCUUGAAGCCGUGCUGGCUGUGGCUACUCGUAUGGUAGGGGAGCGUGCUGGCACAAACGCAGCCCAUUGCGCGGAGGCAUUUCUGGAUGCAAUGGACAGCGAGGUGUUGCUGACAGCAGCCCUCUUAGCCGACGCGGGGGACGAGGCCCUACAGCUCAUUAGAUGGAUGGACCAAGACGAGAACGUUGUGGAUGCAGCCCGUGCAAACAUUCAGGUGAAAAAAUUCCUGGACUCCAUCCGCCUACUCUUUAAUGAGGGCAGAGUGCUGGCCAUCAAAGGCCACACACAGUGCAUGCUGACAUGGUUGUCGUCGCCUCAUGUGCUGGCCUACAACUCCAAGGUCAAAGCCCUGGAGGUCCAACCGCUUGUCCAGCUUCAAGUCUGGGCUGCGUUGGCAGAGGAGACGGUUAAGGCAGAAUUUCCAGAGUUCGAAGCCGUGGCGGCGAUGCGUGUGCUCAACGUGUGUGAUCCCUGGCCUUCCCUGGAUGCCCUCUCUUCCUCGGACAGCGAGAAUAUCCCUCCAGAUGCCUGCACAGAUUUGGAGCGCCUAGCUCAGUCCUUCGAUUGUAACUUUGCGGCCCUCAAAGUGGAAUGGAUGGACUUUCGUGGGAGAGCUCGCUGGCAUGCUGUGAAGUCUGGCUGCACAAAUAUCUGUGCAUGGAAGAAGGCUAUUGACGAAAGCCAGGAGCAGUGUUGGGAGAGAAGAGAGACCGCCGCCCGACACCCCUGCCAGCAUCUGAACGUGGUCCUCUGCGGCUAUGCCAGCACGUGCAUUUCGGACUCAGCGCUUGAGCGAUCCUUCUCCCAAGCAGCCGCCAAGAUUCCAGCCUCAGCCAGGCACCUUCACCCGCAGAAGGAAAGCCUGCGCAUGUCUUUCUUGGCUUUGAAAGAAGACGAUGUCCGUUCCAGGAUGGAGGUGGUGGCCAAUCUCUGGAAGCAGCACUUUGGCUCUAGCCGCCAGGGUGCUUUUGAUCGCAUAGACCAAGGCCGUGCCAAACCUACGAAAGCUGCGACCGAGGAUCGAGAGUGCUACAGAGAAUUUAUCAAGGCCCGCAGAAAGAAUGUGGCAGAAGUGGUGCAAAAAAAUGCACCCGCAGAGUCCGCAAGUGUUUGUGACGGUGAUGCGUGGCUGGAAUCGCACCAAAAGGAGCUAGAAUUCAAUCGAGACAAGCGCAAAAAAAGGAAAUUCGAGGCACUGUUUGCCGGAGCCCUACUCGAAGACGAGAUGGAUCUCACCUUGGGUUGGACUUGGGCUGCCGAUCCUUGCAGUGCGCAGAUUUGCCUCACGGAUUUGUCAGGUGUUCAUAGCGAUGGCGUUCCUACGUCGGCUAUAUGGGCCGCUGCUAUGCAGGGUGCGUGGGUCAUGAGCCCAGCUUGGGCUUUGGGUGGAGAUUACACAGGUCCUGCGUUGAAGUUCUUGCCACCCCUGCGCACGAAGAGAUUCCUAUGGAUCAGUCCAGAUUUGGCCGAAUCUGCCGUAGCUGUUUGUGAUGUCCUACGUCGCUGCGCCUCAACAGCCGGCUCCAAGUGGAUCGUGGUGAAUGACUUGGAAGCAUGGCUUGAAAAGAAGCAAGACCUCACACAGAAGAGCAAUGCUGCUGCGGCAAUUGCAGCCGUGACAACGGAAGAAGCAUCUAUGUACAGCGAUGUUCCCCAUGUCUUUGAUUUAAGCGGUUUCUUUCAGUUCGUGUGCAGGUUGGACAAGCAGAAAUCUCGCUUGGCCCUAGGUCUUCUCUAA